AUGAUGUCUGCUCAGACCGACAAAAUUGAAGCAGGCUCUCGUUCUGGUGGUGCCGAGCACCAUGACAAUGAUAUCGAUUUCAAGCAUGAGACCGUCGUGCUCAAGUCAGACCACGAUGAACUAGGCCUCUGGGCUACUGCCGUACUCAUCUGCAACUUGAUUGCGAUCGCAGCCGCAGCCGAUGGCUACCAGUACAAGUUGAACGGAAAUAUUAUUGCCAACAAGGGCUUCGUUAACCACAUCGGCUUUCUCAAUGCUGCCGGUACAAAGCACGUACUCAACGCCCAGCACACGGCGCUCUGGGGCGCCAUGCAGUCCCUCGGCCAGCUUGUGGGCAUGCUCUUCCUCAACCCCGUGUCGGAUCGCAUCGGACGCAAGAUGACCAUGUACGUCCUCUGGGUCGUGCUCGCAGGUUCCCUCACGCUCGAGACGCUGGUCCGCGACUGGCGAGACUGGUCAGGCGCCAAAAUCCUCGCGGGCGUCGGCGUAGGCGCCCUGCAGUCGACGCUGCCCAUCUACAUUGCCGAGUGGUCGCCGUCGAACAUUCGCGGGGCCAUGGUCCUCACGUACAGCUUUUGGAACACGAUCGGCAAGUUCCUGGCGCCGCUGACGCUCCUCAUCUGCGAGAACGCCAACCCACAGGAGUACAAGAUUCCCAUCGUCACGCAGUGGGGGUUCCUCGGCAUCAUGCUGCCCAUCUUCCUCUGGCUGCCCGAGACGGCCCAGUACUAUGCCGAGCGCGAUCUCGACGAGAAGGGUCGCGCAUCUCUCGACCGCGUGAACGGUCAAGUGCCCGCCUACGAUGUCGACGCCGAGUACGCCAUCAUCAAGAACUCGAUCCUCGAGCAGCGGCGACGACGCCACGAGCUGGAGGAAGACGACGGCAGCAGCCGAAAGGGGUGGAAGGAACUGGCUGACUCGUACGUCGAGUGCUUCCGCGGCUCGAACGCGCGACGCACGCUGGGCUCGGCGCUGCCAGCGUGUGCGCAGCAGCUGACGGGCCUGUCGUUCCUGAGCACGUACGCGUCGCUCUUCUUCCGCCAGGCCGGCUUCGCCGACCCGUUCCUCAUCACGACGGUGCUGACCGUCAUCGCGCUCGUGACGUCCGUGGCUCUGAUGCUGUGGACGGACCGGUUCGGGCGCCGCCUCGUCGUGUUCGCGGCGGCCUGCGUCUCGACGCUGACCAUGCUCGUCGUCGCCGCCAUCGGCCUCGCGCCGACGUCGCCGCCGCUGCGCAGCUUCUGCAUCUUCGUCGCGUGCGUGUGGUCCUUUUUCAACAACGCCCUCGGCUCGCUCGGCUGGGCGUUUGUCGGCGAGAUUGCGUCGCAGAAGUUGCGUGCGCGCACGGCCGGGCUGGCGGCCGGCUUGUCGGUCGUUUUCGGCUUGACCUUCAACACGGCGCUGCCGGUCAUGCUGGACACGGAGGGGGCGAACAUGGGGUACAAGACGGGGUGGCUGUUCUUCGGCGUCGGUGCCGUGACCUGCGUCGUCGUGUGGUUCUUUGUGCCGGAGCCGUCGCGGCGGAAUAAUGCUGAGAUGGACGAGAUGUACGAGAAGGGCGUGCCGGCUUGGAAGAUGAAGGAUUACGUGACUGAUGUGCAAUUGGCCCAAAGGCAGGCGAGGGGACGUCACGAGGAGGUCGCCUGA